GAAUAUAAAGUUAUAUGGCGUGAGUGCUAAAGCUCUUUAACUACGCACAAAGUCUUCAUUAGCUGUAAUUAAAAUAUAGCGACCACCAAGUAAAUAGCGGCAAUAAAAACAGCGAAGAAGAGAUGAGCAGCAGCGAAAAAUCCAACAAAAGUUGAGAUGUGGAUCGAAAUUGGUGCUUUUAUGAUCGGUAAUAAAGUGCAAAUUUUUUAAAAUAGCCACAGAUAAUAUUCUGCCGUGAGAUUUAUUGCCCUCAGCAGCAUCACAAGCCAACAACCUUGCACAUCAACAUUUUUACAACAACUAUUUGUGGAUAGCUCAACCUCUCUGUGAAAAAAUUAUUGGUAAAUUAAGCAUACUUUCCAAUUUGGUGUAGCGGACUUUCUUUGAAAUGAAUAUUUCACUAGAAAUUUUAAUAUAAAAACCUAAACAUCAAACGCUGGCAGCUCAAAAGACGUUAAGUAAAACGAGAUGAAGUUUGCGCUGACACUAGUUACUUUAAGCGUCCUACUCAACGAGCUGGUGGCUGAGGAGGUGAAGGAGUCGCGUUAUAUUGAUGAAAAUGCACUUAAGGCGAUUUUAGAUCUCACACGCCAAACGAAGACCACAAACCCGGCGACUGGACUAAAGCCACAAUAUCCCUACCUCUCACAGAAGGAGAAGUUAACGCUGCAAGGCGAAAGACAAACGCACUAUCCAUUGCAACCGCUUCAUGUUGAGUUUGCUUUACUACCAAAAACAGACGUGACACAGCAGCCGCGCCCCAUUACGCAAAGCAAAGAUAAACUCGUCGAUGUGAAACCCAUCUAUAUACCGUAUGCUUUGAAAAAUCAACCAGCAUUUACGCAAGCCGCAUUCGAAGCAUUAACGGGCUUGCAAGCCCACGCCGAACAAUCCAAACCGUACUAUGUGACGAGCUAUCCGUUAGGCAAUCCUUCAGUCGAACAAACAAAGAUGCCCGCAUUUUAUGCCGCUUAUCCAACUAUUCAAGAACACAAACCUACUUCGUUACAUGGCAGCGUCGCUUUGGAGCAUAAGCAGCCCGCGUAUCAGACGUUCCCUAAUCUUUUUGCAUACGCCAGUCAAGCGCCACAUCAGCUAGCAUAUCAGCAACCUUAUCAACGGUAUGCCGCUGCCGUCAGCUCACCUUCGUAUAUCAUUAUCAAUCCAACAAAUUAUCCGAGCUAUCAUUAUUACACCGCUUCCAAUUAUACCUACCCACGUGGUGUUGCAUUGCCAGGUGAAGUAAUGGAGUUCGUAGAGGCUGAAGAGAAUGCACCAGAUUUCAUCAAAGAUUUGCGCUCGGAAAAUGUACAACAGCUCCAACCAUCCAGUGACGGCUCAUCUGCUGAAACCGAAGCCGUUUUUAGCAAUUUGCCACACACGCUUACAAAUGACGAACGCCUCUUGGCGCAGGCUCUAUUAGAGCAGUCGCGUCAACCUGACAAUUCGAACCCUUUGUUGGAGUUGCUAAAACGUGAACAGUUGAAGCGUCGCAUGCAGGAACAGGUGGCCGCUUUUUAUUUCAGAAACUAUAAUGUUAAUAAAAAGUGAGGAUUUUCAGAUGCAAAAUAAAUAAAAGAAUGUUGAAUACAA